AUGCACGAUCAAAUUGAUAAAUUCAAAAAAUAUACAGUUGAAAAUACUCUACAUCAUGUUUUAAUAAAAAUUCUAAGUGAUUAUUCAGUUCCACUUCUUGAAGCUUGCUGUUAUUAUGGAUCCGUCAACAUUUUCUUUUUCCUCAUUUCAAAUUUAGAUUUUCAAAUUAAUCAAAAAUGUUUUCAAUAUUCAUUUAUUGGUGGAAAUACCGACAUUAUUAACGAAUGCAUGAAAAACUAUAAUAUUGAUAGAAACUGCUUGAAUGACAUAGUUUCAUGUCAUAACAAUCAAUUUCUUGAAUAUAUUUUCGAUGAUGAAAUAUUUCAACCUCAAAAUUUUAAUAUUACUAAUAUAAUCAUGUCACAAAACUUGAAAGCAGUUUAUCUUUUGUUCAAAAAAGAUAAAAAUUCAAUUUAUCCAUUAUGUACAGCUUUUUCACCAACAAUUGAUAUUCUUAAUAAUGAAGAUAUUGACUUGUCCAAGGCUUAUAGUGAUUAUUCACCAAUGAAUUAUUCAGCAAUGUAUAAUACAUAUGAAAUCGCAGAAUUUAUUUUGUCACAUGGUAUGAAAAUCAAAGGAACUAGUUAUUUAUUUACAGCCGCCCAAAAUAAUAGCAUUGAAACCGCAAAAGUUCUUAUUUCUCAUGGCAUUGACAUCAAUGGAAGAGAUAAUAUUGACAGAACUGCACUUCAUAUAGCAGCAGAAAAUAAUAGCAAAGAAACUGCAGAAUUUCUUAUUGCAAAUGGUAUUGAUAUCAAUGCACGUAAUUCUGUAUCCCAAACUGCUCUUCAUAAUGCAACAUGUAGUAACAGUAUCGAAAUUGCAGAAAUUCUAAUUAAGCAUGGAAUUGAUAAAAAUGUAAGAGAUUCCGAUUCUAAAACUGCUCUUUAUUAUGCAGUUAUUAAUAAUUACAAAGAAAUAGCAAGGGUUCUUAUCUCACCUGAAAUAGAAUUUAACUACAAAUAUAAAAAUGAAGAAACUAUUCUUCAUAUUGCUCUAAAUCAUAAUUACAACGAAAUUGCAAAAAUGUUAAUUACAAAUGGUGCUGAUGUCAAUAUAAAAAACAAAAAUAAUGAAAGUUUGCUUCAUAUAGCGACAGAUCAUAAUAAUAAAGAAAUAGUAGAACUUCUUAUUUCACAUGGCUCAAAUAUCAAUGCAAAAGAUUUUUGGGGAAAAACUGCUCUUCAUAAUGCAAUAAUUAAAAAUUAUAAAGAUAUUGCAGAAAUUCUUAUUGCGCAUGGGGCACAAAUCAAUGAAAAAGAUAAAUGGGGAAAAAAACUACUCUUCAUAAAGCAGCGCAUCAUAAUAGUAGAUAAACAGCUGAAGUUCUUAUAG